CCCAUCCGGCGGAGCGGCGGCGGCAAGAUGGUUAAGCUGACGGCGGAGCUCAUCGAGCAGGCGGCGCAGUACACCAACGCCGUGCGGGACCGGGAGCUCGAUCUGCGGGGGUAUAAAAUUCCUGUGAUUGAAAACCUGGGGGCCACUUUGGAUCAGUUCGAUGCUAUUGAUUUUUCUGACAAUGAAAUUAGGAAGCUAGAUGGAUUCCCCCUGUUGAGAAGACUGAAGACAUUACUGGUUAACAACAACAGAAUAUGCCGUGUAGGAGAGGGGCUCGAUCAGGCCCUCCCCAGUCUGCGGGAACUCAUUCUGACCAACAAUAGCAUUUUGGAACUGGGUGAUCUAGAUCCCUUGGCAACCCUAAAAUCUCUGACUUACCUGAGUAUUUUGAGAAAUCCUGUAACAAAUAAAAAGCACUACAGGCUGUAUGUAAUCCACAAGGUCCCUCAAGUGAGAGUACUAGAUUUCCAGAAAGUGAAACUAAAAGAGCGUCAGGAGGCAGAGAAAAUGUUCAAGGGCAAACGGGGUGCACAGCUUGCAAAGGAUAUUGCCAGGAGAACCAAAACUUUCAACCCAGGAGCUGGUCUGCCCACUGACAAGAAAAAAGGCGGACCCUCUCCGGGAGACGUAGAAGCGAUUAAGAAUGCCAUAGCCAACGCUUCGACCUUGGCAGAAGUUGAAAGACUGAAGGGAUUGUUACAGUCUGGUCAGAUACCCGGCAGAGAACGCAAAUCAGGACCCGCCGACGACGGCGAGGAGGAGAUGGAGGAAGACCCGGUCACUAAUGGAUCCUGAACUAUGUUUCGGGGGUCUGCCGUGUGUGUAGAAUAACAUUUUUGUGCGUCGGAAGACGAGUCUUGCUCUUUUGACACGGACCGAUUUAAUGGCUGUGUUCCUCUGAGGUGAUGCCGUUUUGUUUGUAUAGACAUGUUUGAAGUGCUCGAAUGUGCCUCUGUAAAUUUUGUAAUGUACAUUUCAAAAGCCCAGUAAACCAGUUUUUUUAAAUACCGAAAA